UGUAGCAUCUUUGAAACGUCAAGCAUCACGUUGUCCAGAUAAGUGUAAACAGCACGCUCUUUCGAUUCUUUUAAUUAUUUCACUCGAAUUUGUUUAAAAAGCUGAAAGAUAAGUACUUGCUGAAGUUUAGUGGUUACAACAAUGGCUGAUGUAGAUGAUCUGUUUAAUCUUUUUGAUGCGGAUAACGAUAAGGACGAAAGUUGCAACGUUCCGAUCGUUAUUGACGAUGAUGAUAAGGGAAAGGAUUCGGAUCUAGUGAAGGAGGAACCUUUCAAACGGGAGUAUGACGAAGACGACGACGUCGAAGAUGACGGAACGUGCAAACGUGCGAAAAUGGAGUCGAUUUUGGAUGACAUUAACUUGGACAAUAUCGAAUCCCGCAUCAAGGUGCAUACUAUCCAAUCUCCAGAAGCAUGCACUCACGAAGUUGCCGUAUAUCCAGAUCAUAAGUAUCGGCCGUUAGUUCCUCAAACCGGCAAACCAGCCAAAGAAUAUUCAUUCGUUCUGGAUCCUUUUCAAAAAGAAGCAAUCCUGUGCAUAGAGAAUCAACAAUCAGUGCUAGUGUCGGCACACACUUCUGCUGGGAAAACUGUUGUGGCUGAGUAUGCUAUAGCCAAAUCGCUGGCUGAGAAGCAACGUGUCAUUUAUACCACACCAAUAAAGGCACUUUCCAAUCAAAAGUACCGCGAGUUUCACGAAGAGUUUAAAGAUGUCGGAUUGGUUACCGGUGACGUGACGAUAAACCCAUCCGCUUCUUGUCUCAUCAUGACAACGGAAAUCUUAAGAAACAUGUUGUAUCGCGGAUCGGAGAUCAUGCGAGAAGUCGGUUGGGUCGUUUUCGAUGAGAUUCAUUACAUGCGUGACAAGGAACGUGGAGUAGUGUGGGAGGAAACUCUUAUUCUGUUGCCGGAUAAUGUGCACUAUGUGUUUCUGUCAGCUACCAUUCCGAAUGCUCGACAAUUUGCAGAAUGGGUUUGCCACAUUCACAAACAGCCAUGCCACGUGGUAUACACCGAUUAUCGCCCAACUCCCCUGCAGCAUUAUUUGUUCCCCGUUGGGGGUGACGGAAUUCAUUUGGUGGUCGAUGAAAAGGGCCAAUUCAAAGAGGACAAUUUCAAUACGGCCAUGGCUGUACUCCAGAAUGCUGGAGACGCUGCCAAAGGAGAUCAGAAAGGUAGAAAAGGUGGACUAAAGCCGACCAAUUCCGGCGAGACGAACAUUUUCAAAAUUGUGAAAAUGAUUAUGGAAAGGAAUUUUGCGCCGGUCAUUAUUUUUUCCUUCAGUAAGAAGGAUUGCGAGAUUUUCGCGAUGCAAAUGUCGAAGCUGGAUUUCAACUCGACGACGGAGAAAAAGCUGGUCGAUGAGGUAUUCAAUAAUGCGAUGGAUGUGCUGAACGAAGAAGAUCGGCAGUUGCCACAGGUUGAAAAUGUUCUUCCAUUACUUAGGCGAGGAAUUGGUAUCCAUCAUGGUGGACUGCUUCCCAUUUUGAAAGAAACAAUAGAAAUUCUAUUUGGAGAAGGAUUAAUCAAGGCACUAUUUGCCACAGAAACUUUCGCCAUGGGGCUCAAUAUGCCAGCUCGGACGGUUUUAUUCACUGGGCCUCGGAAGUUUGACGGUAAGGAUUUCCGUUGGGUCACAUCUGGGGAGUACAUUCAGAUGUCGGGUCGUGCCGGUCGGCGUGGUUUAGAUGACAAGGGUAUCGUAAUACUGAUGAUCGACGAAGCAGUCUCGCCGGCGGUAGGAAAGGAAAUCGUUCAAGGAAAACCGGACCCCAUCAACUCAGCGUUCCAUUUGUCGUACAAUAUGGUGCUGAAUCUGCUGCGGGUGGAGGAAAUAAAUCCGGAAUAUAUGCUGGAACGGUCGUUCUUCCAGUUUCAGAAUCAAUCAUCAAUACCGGAUAUUUAUAAAAAAGUGCUACAAAAGCAGAAAGAGUUGGAAAAGGUAUAUAUUAAAGAUGAACAAUCUAUCAUUUCUUACCACCACGUGAGGGACCAACUAGACACGCUUGGCAAGCAAUUUCGUGAAUACAUUACCAAGCCGACAUAUUUAAUACCUUUUCUGCAACCUGGUAGAAUGAUCAAAAUUCAAUCCGAUGCCGGCGAAUUCGAGUGGGGCAUUAUCGUUAAUUUCAAAAAAGAGACUGGGGAUGCUAAAAGCAACCCACUUAAAUCGGAGAUGAAAGUUAUCAUCGAUGUGUUGCUGCAUGUCGACGAUGGCUUUGAGAAGGAGGGCGUUCCAAAGCCUUGUCCCGAUAAUAAACGUGGUUCGGUAGAAGUAGUUCCGGUUCUUCAUACCUUAGUUUAUAGAAUCAGUUCGCUUCGCGUAUAUUAUCCCAAUGAUCUCCGUCCCGCUGAUAAUCGUCGUUCAGUGCUUAAAACAAUAAACGAGGUUAAAAAGCGGUUCCCUCAAGGACCUCCGCUACUGCACCCAAUUAACGAUAUGCACAUUAAGGAGAAAGAUUUUCAAACUAUUGUAGAUAUGAUCGAUAAAUUUGAAAAACGAUUGUAUUCCCAUCCUUUGCAUGAAUCACCUGAUCUGGAUAAGCUGUACACAAAAUAUAUGGAGAAACUUGAGGUAGAACGUCAGCUGAAACAAGAAAAGAAUGCUCUCCGCGAAGCGAAAAGUCUGCUGCAUAUGGAUGAACUGAAGCAUCGGAAAAGAGUGCUUCGUCGUUUAGGCUAUUGUACAGCAGCAGAUGUUAUUGAGUUUAAGGGGCGCGUGGCAUGUGAACUGAGCUGUGCUGAUGAACUUCUUUUAACGGAAAUGAUAUUUAACGGUACCUUCACUAACCUUACAACGGCUCAAGCGUGUUCCCUUCUCUCGUGUUUCGUUUGCGAUGAGAAAAGUUCGGAGAUUCCGGCUGCAACAGAAGAACUGUCCGGUCCAUUACGUCAAAUGCAGGAUCUCGCGCGAAGGAUAGCCAAGGUAUCAAACGAGUGUAAGGUCGAACUAGACGAGGAACGAUAUGUGGAAUCCUUCAAACCCUUCCUGAUGGACGUAGUCCUAGCGUGGUGUAAAGGAUGCUCGUUUCUACAGCUUUGCAAGAUGACGGAGAUAUUUGAGGGUUCUAUUAUUCGAUGCAUGCGACGACUCGAGGAACUGUUGCGACAGAUGGUACAAGCUUCUAAAACAAUUGGCAAUACUGAUUUGGAAAAUAAGUUUGCCGAAGCGAUACGACUGUUGAAGCGAGAUAUUGUGUUUGCUGCUUCGCUAUAUCUUUAAUGCAUUUCUUUUUCAAAAUUUUACUUAUAGUUUCAAGUAUUGUAAUAAUGAAAAUUCUUAUGUAAAGAAUAAAAAUAGACCAAGAAUAAAUAA